AUGCCGCCAGCCGACGACGAGAACGUCAAGACUAGGGCUUCUGUGAAUGUUACAGCGAUGCAAACGACACUGGAUGAGUCUUUGCAAGUCCCUGCGCAGUUGAAAAAAGCGCCAGCAGUGACGGGAUCCCCGAAAGUGGCUUUUGUUGAGAGCGAAGGCGAGGAAGAAGACGAAAUGGUCGAUGCACUGGAGGAUUUGAUUCUGGAAGCCUACAACAACAUGCAAAUUGAUGGGGAGUACAUAUUCUUGCCGGAAAAAGUAGCGGAGAAGCUGCACGAGGUUGCCGAGCAGAUCAAGUUAAGGCAGAGUGAAGAGGAACAGCAGAAAGAAAGAAAUAGAAAUGCUGGACAAGAUAGCAAUAGUGGGGAUAAUGCUACUAGGAAGGCUGACGUGGGGGAAGUAAAGGUGCUACCUGAAACAUUAACAGAUCGACCAGAAAAUGAGAAGGAACAGGAGCAGAAACAGGAAAAGGCACAAGUAAAAAAACACGAGAAAGCUAGUGUAGAUGAUGCACGUGACAAUACGAGCAAGGACGAUAAAACAAGGCAACAUAAGGUACAGCUGUUGCAAGCUAAGGCAUCCGAGCUGCGUGAAGAACAACACAAGCAGCGGAUUCCCCGAGUGAUGUCGACGGAGAAUAUUUUUAUGGAGCUCCCUUCAGUACCUGAGAUCGAUGAAAUGGCCUCAAGUAGACCGCCAUCACCAUCACCCUCACCACCGCUAUCGCGAUCGCAUAGUGCGCCAAAGACGAGAAUACAAACACCAACUCAAAGCCGCAGAUGCUUUCCUUCUCCGCCACUCUUUUCAUUGACCACACCUCCUAGCGCAAAACCAGACCACACAAGAAAAUUGUCAGUGUCUAGAACACCUCCAGUGUCCAGAACACCUGACCAGUCAGAUGGUAGCAAACGAAAAAGCAAAGUGCUAACUUACGGAACAAGGCGGGAGGCCGCGCUUCGGCAAAAAGAAGACAAAAUGAAGCGUGAGCUACUCGUUCGCGAAACUGCGCGCAAACAGCGCGAGGAUUCGAAGCGGCAGCUCGAGGAGGCCCACCAGCGAGAGAUAGAGGAGAAACGUGAGCAUGUGCGACGCAUAAGAGAAGAGAGACUUCUCCGUCGUACAGAGAAGUUGACGGGUGCCAAAGGAGCAAAGAAGAAGGGAUAG